AGCUCUGCUCACUCCUCCCCCCGCCCCUCUGUCUCUCUGUCCCUCCGUCCCUCUGUCCCUUCACUGUCCUGGCACCAUGCAUCCUACCUCGGGUCCCAGUCUGCUGCUGCUGCUGGCCAGUCUCCCCCUGGCCCUGGGGGACCCCAUGUAUUCCAUGAUCAUCCCCAACAUCCUGCGUCUGGAGAGCGAGGAGACGGUGGUGCUGGAGGCCCACGAAGGGGAAGGGAAUAUACCAGUCGCCGUCACUGUCCACGACUUCCCGUCCAAGAGACAAGUGCUGUCCAGCGAAAACACCGAGCUGAACAGUGCCAAUGGCUACCUGGGCACCGUCACCAUAAAGAUCCCGGCCAGCAAGGAGUUAAAAUCAGACAAGGGGCACAAAUUCGUGACUGUCCAGGCGGCCUUCGGGAACGUCCUGGUGGAGAAGGUGGUGCUGAUAAGCCUUCAGAGUGGGUACCUCUUCAUCCAGACGGACAAGACCAUCUACACCCCAGGCUCCACGGUCCUGUAUCGGAUCUUUACCGUUGACCACAAGCUGCUGCCCGUGGGCCAGACAGUUAUCGUCAGCAUUGAGACCCCCGAUGGCAUUCCCAUCAAGCGGGACUCCCUGUCUUCUCACAACCAGUUUGGCAUCUUGGCCUUGUCUUGGAACAUCCCAGAGCUGGUCAACAUGGGGCAGUGGAAGAUCAAAGCCCACUACGAAGAUUCUCCGCAGCAGGUCUUCUCUGCUGAGUUUGAGGUGAAGGAAUACGGUAAGGGGAGCAGGGAGCCGCAGGUGGGAGCGUGGGGAAGGAGGGGGGAGCACAUAAUUCUGGGCCCAGUGCUGGCUUACUGCCCACCACGACCUGUUCCCCCAGUGCUGCCCAGUUUUGAGGUCCAAGUGGAGCCUGAAGAGAAAUUCUACUACAUCGAUGACCCAGAUGGCCUGAAAGUCAACAUCAUUGCCAGGUUCUUGUACGGGGAGAAUGUGGAUGGAACAGCUUUCGUCAUCUUUGGAGUCCAGGAUGAUGACCGGAGGAUUUCAUUGGCCCACUCCCUCACCCAUAUUCCGAUCAAUGACGGUACUGGGGUGGCCAAACUGCAACGACAGGUCUUGCUGAACGGGGUACAGCCCUCCCAAGCCGAUGCCCUAGUGGGCAAGUCCUUAUAUGUGUCUGUCACCGUCAUCCUGCACUCAGGCAGCGACAUGGUGGAGGCAGAGCGUACCGGGAUCCCCAUCGUGACCUCCCCCUACCAGAUCCACUUCACCAAGACCCCCAAGUUCUUCAAACCCGCCAUGCCCUUCGACCUCAUGGUGUUCGUGACGAACCCCGACGGCUCCCCUGCCCGCCACAUCCCAGUGGUGACCCAGGGCACCAAUGUGCAGUCCUUGACCCAGGAGGACGGUGUGGCCAAGCUGAGCAUCAACACACUCAACAACCGGCAGCCCCUGACCAUCACCGUACGCACACGGCAGGAGAAUAUCCCAGAGGCACGACAGGCCACUAGGACCAUGCAGGCCCUACCCUACAACACCCAGGGCAACUCCAACAAUUACCUGCACCUCUCUGUGCCCCGAGUGGAGCUCAAGCCUGGGGAGACUCUCAAUGUCAACUUCCACCUGCGCACGGACCCCAGCCACCAAGCCAAGAUCCGCUACUACACUUACUUGGUCAUGAACAAGGGGAAGCUGUUGAAGGUGGGGCGGCAGGUGCGAGAGCCCGGCCAGGACCUGGUGGUGUUGCCCAUGACCAUCACACCGGACUUCAUCCCUUCCUUCCGCCUGGUGGCCUAUUACACGCUGAUCACCAGCAACAACCAGAGGGAGGUGGUGGCCGACUCCGUGUGGGUGGAUGUCAAGGACUCAUGUGUGGGCACGCUGGUGGUGAAAAAUGGCGGGAAGGAAGAGAAGCACCAUAGGCCUGGGCAACAGAUAACCCUGAAGAUCGAGGCUGACCAGGGGUCCCGAGUGGGGCUGGUGGCCGUGGACAAGGGCGUGUUUGUGCUGAAUAAGAAGAACAAAUUGACCCAGAGUAAGAUCUGGGACGUAGUGGAGAAGGCAGACAUUGGCUGUACCCCAGGCAGUGGAAGUGACUAUGCCGGCGUCUUCACGGAUGCAGGGCUGGCCCUCAAGACCAGCAAAGGCUUACAGACCGCCCAGAGGACAGAUCCUCAGUGUCCGAAACCAGCCCCCCGCCGACGCCGCUCGGUGCAGCUCAUGGAAAAGAGGACGGAUAAAGCCGGUCAGUACAACAAGGAGCUGCGCAAGUGCUGUGAGGACGGCAUGCGGGACAACCCCAUGAAGUUCCCGUGCCAGCGCCGGGCCCAGUUCAUCCUGCAAGGCGACGCAUGCGUGAAGGCCUUUCUGGACUGCUGUGAAUACAUCGCCCAGCUGCGGCUGCAGCACAGCCGCGACGGGACACUGGAGCUGGCCAGGAGUGACCUGGAUGAUGAAAUAAUCCCGGAGGAGGACAUCAUUUCCCGAAGCCAGUUCCCAGAGAGCUGGCUGUGGACCAUUGUUGAGGACCUUAAAGGCCCAGACAAAAAUGGAAUCUCCACGAAGCUCAUGAACGUGUUUUUGAAAGACUCCAUCACCACUUGGGAGAUUCUGGCUGUGAGCUUGUCAGACAAGAAAGGGAUCUGUGUGGCUGACCCCUAUGAGGUCACGGUGAUGCAGGAUUUCUUCAUUGACCUGCGUCUACCCUACUCUGUUGUGCGCAAUGAGCAGGUGGAGAUCCGAGCUGUCCUCUACAACUACCGGGAGGCGGAGGAGCUCAAGGUGAGGGUGGAAUUGCUCUACAAUUCAGCCUUCUGUAGCCUGGCAACUGCCAAGAAGCGCCACCAGCAGACUGUAAUCAUCCCACCCAAGUCCUCGGUGCCCGUGCCUUAUGUCAUAGUGCCCCUGAAGGUCGGCCUCCAUGAGGUGGAGGUCAAGGCUGCUGUCUACAACCGCUUCAUCAGUGAUGGUGUCAAGAAGACCCUGAAGGUCGUGCCAGAAGGAAUGAGAGUCAACAAAACUGUGGCUGUCCGCACACUGGAUCCAGAACAUCUGGGACAAAAGGGAGUGCAGCGAGAGGAAAUCAAAGCUGCCGAUCUCAGUGACCAAGUCCCAGACACGGAGUCAGAGACCAAGAUCCUCCUGCAAGGGACCCCAGUGGCCCAGUUGACAGAGGACGCCAUCAACGGGGAGCGGCUGAAGCACCUCAUCCAAACCCCCUCGGGCUGUGGGGAGCAGAACAUGAUCAGCAUGACGCCCACGGUCAUCGCGGUGCACUACCUGGACAACACAGAACAGUGGGAGAAGUUCGGCCUGGAGAAGCGGCAGGAGUCCUUGGAGCUCAUCAAGAGGGGGUACACCCAGCAGCUGGCCUACAGACAACCCAACUCGGCUUACGCCGCCUUCCUGAGCCGGCCACCCAGCACCUGGCUGACAGCCUUCGUGGUCAAGGUCUUCGCACUGGCCUCCAACCUCAUCGCCAUCGACUCCCAGGUCCUCUGUGGGGCCGUCAAAUGGCUGAUCCUAGAGAAGCAGAAGCCUGAUGGAGUCUUCCAGGAGGAUGGGCCCGUGAUACACCAAGAAAUGAUUGGUGGCUUCAAGAAUCCCGAGGAGAAAGACGUGUCCCUCACGGCGUUUGUUCUCAUCGCGCUGCAGGAGGCUAAAGACAUUUGCGAGGGACAGGUCAACAGCCUGGGGCGCAGCAUCACUAAGGCAGGAGACUUCCUUGAAGACCACUACAUAGAGUUGCAAAGGCCAUAUACUGUGGCCAUUGCUGGCUACGCCCUGGCUCUGUUGGGCAAGCUGGAUGAUGACCUCGUCAACAAAUUUCUGAACACAGCCACAGAAAGGAACCGCUGGGAGGAGCAUGGCCAGAAGCUCUACAACGUGGAAGCCACAUCCUACGCCCUCUUGGCUCUGCUGGUGCUCAAAGACUUUGACUCUGUGCCUCCUGUUGUGCGCUGGCUCAAUGAGCAGAGAUACUACGGAGGUGGUUACGGCUCCACGCAGGCCACUUUCAUGGUGUUCCAAGCCUUGGCCCAGUACCAGAAGGAUGUCCCUGAUCACAAGGAGCUGAACCUGGAUGUGUCCAUCCAACUACCCAGCCGCAGCUCUCUGAUCAGGCAUCGUAUCAUCUGGGAAUCUGCUAGCCUCCUGCGCUCAGAAGAGACCAAGGAAAAUGAGGAUUUCACAUUAACAGCUCAAGGGAAAGGACAGGGUACCUUGUCGGUGGUGACCGUGUACCACGCCAAACUCAAAGGCAAAGUCACCUGCAAAAAGUUUGACCUCCGGGUUUCCAUACGUCCAGCCCCCCAACCAGUCAAGAAGCCUCAGGACGCCAAAGCCUCCAUGAUCCUUGACAUCUGUACAAGGUACCUGGGAGACCAGGAUGCCACUAUGUCAAUCCUGGAUGUAUCCAUGAUGACGGGCUUCUCUCCUGAUAUUGAUGACCUCAAACUGCUGAGCACUGGUGUCGACAGAUACAUCUCUAAGUAUGAGCUGAACAAAGACUCCACAAAGAACACCCUCAUCAUCUACCUGGACAAGGUCUCACACAGCCUGGAGGACUGUCUAUCCUUCAAAGUUCACCAGUACUUUAACAUGGGGCUCAUACAGCCUGGGGCAGUCAAGGUGUACUCUUAUUACAACCUGGAUGAAGUUUGCACCCGGUUCUACCACCCGGAGAAGGAGGACGGGAUGCUGGACAAACUCUGCCACAAAGAUACAUGCCGCUGUGCUGAGGAGAACUGCUUCAUGCACCACACGGAGGACGAGGUCACCCUGGAGGACCGGCUGGACAGGGCCUGCGAGCCGGGCGUGGACUAUGUGUACAAGACCAGACUUCUCAGGAAGGAGCUGUCGGAUGACUUUGACGAUUACAUCAUGGUCAUCGAGCAGAUCAUCAAAUCAGGUUCCGAUGAGGUGCAAGUUCAACAGGAGCGUAGGUUCAUCAGUCACAUCAAGUGCAGAGAAGCCCUCAAACUGAAGGAGGGGGCCCACUACCUCGUGUGGGGCGUCUCCUCUGACCUGUGGGGAGAGAAACCCAACAUCAGCUACAUCAUCGGGAAGGACACCUGGGUGGAGCUGUGGCCUGAAGCGGAUGAAUGCCAAGACGAGGAGAACCAGAAACUGUGCCAGGACCUGGCCAACUUCACCGAAAACAUGGUGGUCUUUGGCUGCCCCAACUGAUCCCACCACGAUUGUCCACCCAAUAAAGCUCCAGUUCUAUUUCACAAGUC